AUGUCUCCUGAUACUGCUGAGGAGAGUAUUGAUUUGGAGGAAGAAAGUUCUGAGGAAGAAGAUGACACUUUGGUCAAUCUUCAAACCCUCACCUUUCGCUCUCCUCCACCAAUCGGAUCCACCGUCAUUGCCACCGGAUCUGAUGUUCCUGCCAACUCCUCAGCCGUCUGUGUUCUCCUUAACAACCUCCCCAAGUCUCUCUACCAAGGCCUCGCCUUACGCUGCCCUUGGACGGAACUCGUCGACAGAUCCGCAUUCUCGAAGCCUAAAUCCUUCUCCGAAGCGACUUUCCGUGUCCGCAAGAAUUACUCAUACUUCCGUGUCAAUUACUACGCCAUCAUCGCCGGGAUCCUCGCCGUGUCUCUCCUGACGAAUCCAUUCUCUCUCAUUCUACUUGUCGGCCUCCUCGCUUCGUGGACGUUUCUCUACCUCUUUCGUCCCUCCGAUCAUCCUCUCGUUACCAUCGGUCGCACUUACACUGAUUUCGAAACCCUAAUGAUUCUCUCAGGACUCACAAUUAUCAUUGUGUUUCUCACCAACGUUGGUUCUGUUCUCGUCUCAGCUUUAAUGCUCGGCGUUGCUGUUGUUUGUAUCCAUGGAGCAUUCCGCGCACCUGAGGAUCUUUUCCUUGAUGAUCAGAAUAACUCUCAGGCUACCAGAUUCCUCUCGUUCCUCCGCACUCCUGCUGCAGCCGCUGUUCUCCGUCACCAAUGA